UGCAUGCAAGCGCCCGGCGGAGACAGAGUCAUGCUCCUGCUCAAGACUGGAGCAACGGAGCUCUACCAAAAACUGCCAUUCCACUUCUCCACGACGCUAAAGUGCGUGCCAAACUUCCUCAUCGUCUCUGACAUGGAACACACCAUCGCGGAACACGUCAUCUUCGAUGCCAUUGCGCCGGUCAGCGCCUAUCGCAAGCAGCACCAAGAAUUUGAACUCUACCGGCAACUCCAGCAGGCUCGGAAAGACGGCCGAGAUCCGAGCGAAAUCCAGCGCGAGGGUGCGUGGAUGCUAGACAAGUGGAAGUUUCUCCCCAUGCUGCACAAAGCUUUCGAGAUCGCCAGCGAGACAAUCGACUGGUUUGUCAUCAUAGAGGCAGAUACAAGCUUGUCCUGGACGAACUUGCUGCAAGUUCUACAGCGCCUGGACCACACGGAACCGGUGUACCUCGGCGCAGAGGAUGCGAUGGGAGCAUCGAGUUACGCGCAGGGAGGAGCGGGUAUUGUCCUCUCUCGAGAAGCGUUACGAAUGCUCGAGGACGUGAGAAACAGCGAAGGGGCGGCAGAGUACGACGCCAGAUGGGAAAAAGACACCUCGGAGCACUGCUGCGGCGACGAAAUCCUCUCCCGCGCUCUACUGGAAGCAGGCGUCUGGCUCGACGCCACCUGGCCCCUCUUCCAAAGCGAGACGCUCUCCUCCAUCGACUGGACCAACAAGCACUGGUGCUCUCCGGCCAUCACAUGGCACCACGUCACCCCCUUCGGCCUCUCCGAAAUGUGGCAGUUCGAGCGCGCAUGGAUCGACGGGCAUGGCUGGCGCGAGCCCUACCUCUACCGCGACGUCUUCGCGCACUUCAUCGCGCCGCAAAUUUCCACUAACCGCAGCAACUGGAACAAUUUAUCCGCCGACAAGAAAUUCACCAACCCGCAGCUCGACCAGUUUUCGCCGUGGGAAACGCUGAAGGAUUUCGAGCGCGCGGCGACGGAGAGCCAAGAUGCGUGUGCGCAGGCGUGCUUGCAUCCUUUGUAUUCGGAUUGCACGCAGUGGAUGUACCUUUACGGCCGCUGUCAUUUGGGGAAUUCGCUAAAGUACGGC